AUGGUUAUUGUGAUACCCAUAGACUGUGUUAUUACACCUGGUGCCCCAACAACCCCACCUUGUACUCCAACAACCCCACCUGGUGCCCCAACAACUCCACCUUGUACCCCAACGACCCCACCUGGUGACCCAACAACCACACUUUGUGCUCCAACAACCCCACCUGGUGCUCUAACAACCCCACCUGGUGCUCCAACAACCCCACCUGGUGCUCCAACAACCCCACCUUGUACUCCAACAACCCCACCUGGUGCCCCAACAACUCCACCUUGUACCCCAACGACCCCACCUGGUGACCCAACAACCACACUUUGUGCUCCAACAACCCCACCUGGUGCUCUAACAACCCCACCUGGUGCUCCAACAACCCCACCUGGUGCUCCAACAACCCCACCUGGUGUUCCAACAACCCCACCUGGUGCUCCAGCAACCCCACCUGGUGCUCCAACAUCCCCACCUGGUGCUCCAACAACCCCACCUGGCUCACUUAAACACCCCACCUAG